GUUCGACUGAGCACCGGUAAGUUUGAUCUAUCGCUAACAAAAACACGUUAUCGUAAACUACGUUUGGUUUGAUUUUAUAAGCAUUACUGAUUGCGACUGGUGGUUGAUUUAUUUUAACUUUAGCGGAGGUUUCAAUAAUUGCAGAAAUCAUGUCAAAGCAGAAAGGAGUAAGUGCAGAAGAGAAAAGAAAGAGAAUGCUACAGAUAUUUCAUGAGAAAAAAGAAUUUUUCCAAUUGAAAGAACUGGAGAAAAUUGCACCAAAAGAGAAAGGAAUCGUUGAACAGUCAGUCAAGGAUGUAGUUCAAAGUUUGGUGGAUGAUGGCCUAGUGGACUCAGACAAGAUUGGAACAUCAGUUUAUUUCUGGGCAUUUCCUAGUAAAACUAAACAUUCCAAGAAAAGGCAACUGGAGAAUGUAACAGAUAAACUAAAUGAUGUCAAUAAAAAAAUAAAGAUAUCUCAGGAAAAUGUUGCUGCAGCAAAAAUUGGACGAGAACCGACACAAAAACGUAAUGAGGUUUUACAGAGAGUGGCACAACUGACGGCUGAAGAAAAGUUGUUGUUAAAAAAGAUACAAGAUUAUGAAGUAUGCGAUAAAAUGGAAAAUGAAUCUCAGAUUGCAAUUGAGUCAGCCAACAGAUGGCUUUGCAACAUACAAUGUGUUGUGUCAUAUUGUGAGAAAAAAUUUUCUAUAGAUCAGAAAACUCUACAGGAGCAUUUUGGAAUUGAUCCAAAUAUGGAGUUUCUGUGAAAAGUAUAACAGAAGUGUUAAAUAAAAUUACUUUAAGAUGUGUUUCUAAACUUUAGAAUGUGAUAAUGGACAAUGUUGUAUAUGUAGCAUUGUAACUGCUGUUUACAGUAUACUGAUUGGUCAGUUUCAUGUAUAAUAAAUUAAUGUACUUUAAAGAAA